AUGAAACUUGAUGGUUUAAAGCCUCUGUACAACGGACUCACGCAAACGUGUUCGGAAAUUAAUAGUAUUUGCCUGCUGCUCACCUUGGAGUCUGCGAACUCGAAACGGUACGAAACUACUUUGGACAAAGAACUUGCUGAAGGUCUAGAGAGAAUGCGUAUUCUAGCCGCCGCAGAGAAAGCUCAACGGGAUCAAGUGAAACUUAACAAAAGAAGGUCUUAUAAUAUCGGCACUCUUCUAUCUGACCGUUAUGGCUUGCAAUCUAUUUAUCAGAAGCGAAGGAGGACUUUCGAGAAGCCCAUACCAUGUACUCCAUUACACGUUGCAUCAGAUGAGGUCCCAGAAAUGGAUUUAUCUUGUCUCAUCGGCGAUUCAGUCGAGGACUUUAAACCGUCUUUGGAUUCUCGUCUUCGACAACCACUUGCAGGUGAUCGUCCUCUCCGUCCCUAUUUCGCUCGUAACUUUGUACCUGAAAUACAUCUCUCGCGAGAACCUGAAAUAUGUGAAGGUGAAAAUGGUUCAGUCCUUCUUACAGUCACUAAUGAAAGUAAUUCUAAAGCUGAGGUGAUUCUUGUCGCGGAUAAUGGUGAUGGGUUAGUAGAGUGUCUGACGCCUGCAAUUCAACUCAGCCUUCCGUCCGCUGAUGAAACUGCGGACAUUUACGAUAUCGAGAACGAUAAACGUAGUGUUAAUGAUGGGUGCGUUUACUAA